AUGCCGCCCCGCCGUGCACGUGUGGCACCUCGCCGCCUGAUCGAGACUAUCGGGAGUGAUCCAGCCACUUCUCAUCCGACUGAGAGAGUCCAGGAGGAUGAGGCUGAUCAGACAGUACUGGAUGGACCAGAUCAUGGCCAGGAGAGCAGGAUGGGAGGUCCGACCCAGGUGAUGGAGCUGAUCAGAGAGGUUGUUGGGUUAGUCCGACAGCAGAGGGGACCACAGCAGCUAUUUCCCUCUGCUAGUUCUUCAGAUCAGGGGAGGAGUAUAGCAGAGUUCAAGAAGUUAGCUCCUCCGGCCUUCAAGGGAACUACCGAUCCCCAAGAGGCCGAAUGGUGGAUAGAUGAGAUGGAGAAGGCCUUCAGGGCCAUGGGUUGUACUGAGGAGGAGAAGAUCAGAUUUGCCACAUAUAUGCUUCAGGACCGGGCUCAUCAUUGGUGGGAGUCUGUAGAGAGGACCAUGAUGCAGGAUGCAGGAUCUGUGACCUGGCCGGGAUUCCGCAUGGCCUUCUACUCCAAGUAUUUCCCUUCCAGUCGUAUCAGGGAGCUGGAGAGGGAGUUUCUGAGCCUCUCUCAGGGGAGUAUGACUGUGGAGGACUAUGAGGCUGAGUUUGAUCGGUUGUCCCGCUUUGCACCAUCUCUUGUCCAAGACCCUAAAUCUAGGAUGAGUAGAUUUGAGGAAGGACUGAGGCCUCGCCUGCGUCAGGGUUUAGCUGCUGUUCACUCGACUGAUUAUGAUGACCUAGUUGACAGAGCUAAAAAUAUGGAGAUCAUCUGGAAGGAGACACAGGAUGCUCAGAAAGGGAAGUCGAAGAGGACCAGGGACUUUGAUUCUGACGGUGAGCGGCAUCUGCGCCGACCUAUGCAGUUCCGUCCAGGAGCAGGGCAGCGAGUUCCAUAUGGGAGGACUGCACCGGAUCGCAGGGGGAUAUCAGGAGUGUGCUUCAGGUGUGGCCAGACUGGACAUAGAGCUGUUGAGUGUCGUCAGACACGACUGGUAUUGGAGCAUGUUUCAGGUGUGGUCAGCAGGGCCACCGGAUAG